AUGGCUUCCAGCUUCAAGAAGUCAAACGUGGCCUCCACCAGCCAGAAAAGAAAGGUGGAGCCUAAGCCCGAGCUCACUGAAGAUCAGAAGCAAGAAAUUCGCGAAGCGUUUGCCCUCUUCGAUGCCGACGGCAGCGGCACCAUCGACGUGAAGGAGCUGAAGGUGGCCUUGAGGGCGCUGGGCUUUGAACCCAGGAAGGAUGAGAUGAAGAGGAUAAUCGCCGAGGUGGACAAGGAAAGCACAGGGAAAGUCAGCUUCAAUGACUUCUUGGCUGUGAUGACUCAGAAGAUGGCCGAGAAAGACACCAAGGAAGAAAUCCUGAAGGCUUUCAGGCUCUUUGAUGAUGAUGAAACCGGGAAGAUCUCUUUCAAAAACCUAAAGCGCGUGGCCACCGAGUUGGGGGAAAACCUCACUGAUGAGGAGCUGCAGGAAAUGAUUGACGAAGCAGAUCGGGAUGGAGACGGUGAAGUGAACGAGGAAGAGUUUCUUCGGAUCAUGAAAAAGACCAGCCUCUACUGA